AUGGGCCAGGAGGACCUGGCACAUCGAUGCAGACACCUGCUGACUCUGGCUGCCAGUCUUCUCCUCACCUAUGGGCCAGCAUCAACAUUACAAGAACCACAUAGUUCUACUGGAUUUAUGGCUUCAGUGGUCAGAACAACACCGGGGACAAGUACAAGAAUGUUGGACACACGCACAGCAGUGACCACUUCUACUUUAUAUUGGAGAAGUAGCAUUCCUUCCAAGUUGGCCACUCUAAAAGUCACAAGAAAGUCACAGAAAGCAGUGAACAGCAUGGAGUCCACCAGUUCUGCUCCCCAUAUAUCAUUUGAAUCAGUUGUACCUAAAACCACAUUGUCCACCUUGAUCCCUGAAGCCACAGGGAAGAGCACUGUUUCUGUCUCAGUGAAUACAUCUAAUUCUACAAGGAUUGACACACAUAAUGGGGCUGAAUUAAAUAGCACUGCAUUGUCAGACACAUCCACAACUGUUACUAUGAUGGAAACGAACAUGCCUGAAGUGAUUUCAACCACAGAACAUACUCCAAGCUCCACUAAAAUAUUCUUUAUUGAUUCUGUUCUUGUAUCCAGGACAGAAACUACUAACAACACAUCCUAUUCAAGCCCUCAUCAGCCAAUCAAGCCAGAAGAAACAUCCAGUGAAAUGUCCACUGGGUCACCAAACUCUAUCACCAGCACAGAGAUUACCACUAAUCAGUCAGGACAUGAUAUAACCUCAAACAUGCUCUUCUCCCAAGGCACACCAGAAAAUUUCUCAGUUCCCGGAAUGCUCUCCAGUGUCUCUCAGAGUUAUCCAUUAUUAGAGAAAUCCACUUUUCUCAGCACAAGUUAUAAUGCUCCAUCUAAGACAAAACCCUCAGCACUGGAACAUUCCUGGGGAACUACAGUCAGAACAAGCUCUUCAUCACCUGUUAAUUCCACAUCAAAAAGGCAUAGUCACUCUUUUGCAGGUUCUAUGAACUCACCCCUAGUAGUGACAUCAAAUGUGGUGACUUCUGAAAGCACAUCAACCACUGCUUCAAACAGAGAGACCCAGCACACUGGAACACAGACAUUUCUACUUUCAGAAUCUAUAGGCCAUUCUACCAGUUCUCUAUCCCCAUCAUGGACUCAUUCAACUUGGAAGGGAUCCAGGUCUGCGAAGUCAUCAACACCUAUACCUGAAGCACCCUCACAUUCUCCAGUUCCUGCCAGUGCAGACAAAUACAGCACCAAUUCUCCUGUUUCUAUCACCUCUGUCUUCACAGUUUCUAAGAACCUAAUCCCUACCAAAUUAUUUACAACCUCAGGGUCAGUGACUCUUUCCAUACCAAGCUCCAACACUGAACUCUCCAAAAUCUCACAGACAACCUCUGUUUCUUCACCCACACCAGUGAAGAACAUAGAAGAUAGGACUUACACAUCCCAUGCCCAACACAACAUCAUGCCUACAUCAGUCUCACCUGAAAAGGAAUCUUUCACAACCAAUUUGUCCACCAUGGAACAUACCAGACAUUCACCUUCACAGCCAAUCUCAUCUGAAAGUGCAGAGAUUGAGACAGGCACAGCUUCCUCCCAGAGAACAGCAUGGGCAGAUUUCAGUACAUCUAAAGACAUAAAUUCAACCACAAAACACAGUACAAGCCAAAGUGAACUGCCCACUAGCCCUUCUCUUUUUCAGUUUAGGACAGGAAUCCUGUCUGCUGACCACACAUUGCUGUCAGUCCCUCAUCAGUCAACAUCAGAAGAUACUUCCAUUGGAAUCUCCACCAGUCUCCCUACCUCCACCAUCAGUACAGAAACCAAGGAGAUGACAAGCAGAUCCACGGGACAUUCUCCAGUUACAUCAGACAUUUUGACUUACCCAGACACAUCCUUGGUCAAAGACAUCCACUCCAGUGAAAUGCAUACAUUUCCACAUUCAGAAUCCGUAGUUCCUAUCAACAGUCCUGCUUCAGCCUCAUGGACACUUACUCCUGAGAAAGGAUCCAUAUCUACAGAUUCCACAACAAUACCAGAGUUGCUUUCACUGACCCCUGAUGCUUCCUUGACAGAGAGACACAGUAUUCGCCCUCCUGUUUCUGUUGCUUCUGUUUUCACAGUUACCAAGUAUCUGUUUCCAACAGCUUCUCACACAAGUGCAGAUCCUGUGACAGCGUACAUUCCAAGCUGGAGCAGCAUCUCUCAGCCAAGGUCCAAAAUUGCGCAUUAUUCCCAAACCUCACAAAAGAGUAAGUUUUCCUCAGUUACACCAGGGCCAAAAAUGGAAGCCAGCAGUUCUGGAUCCCAAUUCAAAUAUACGAAUACACCUACUUCAGUGUCAUCUGAAAAUAAAGCUUUCACCACUACCCUUCCUACCGCCCACAUAUCCACUCUUUCACCUACACAAUCAACACUAUUUGAUAAUGAAAAGAUUGGGACACAGUCAUUUACCCUCUUGACCACACAGACACAAGCUAAUAUACCUGAGAAGGUGUACUCAAGCACAGAUUUCAUUAGUAGCCAUUCUGAAAUGCCUUAUAGUUCCUCCCUUCCUGUAUCCAGAACAGUAUCCAUGUCUCUUGAUAAUACAACACUUCCAACACUUCAGCAGUUUACAUCAGAAGAUACAUCCAGUGGAAUUGUCACCAAACUCUAUGGAUCCAACAUCACAGAAUCAGAAGAAUUAUCUACCAGCAAGAUUGGGGAUUCUAAAGUAACAUCAAACAUGGUCCUCUCCCUGGAAGCAUCACCUAUGUCUUCAGUGUCUGACAAUAUCACUAGUUUCAUUCCAACUUCCCUAGUCACAGAGACAUCCACAUUUCUAAGCCAAAGUUAUGAAGUUCCAUCAAUUGCACCUUUUCCAGACCUGAAAGGAAGCCAACCUGCCAAUUCUCCAGGAUAUCAUGAUGGUCCUACUUUAACCUCCCCUAUUAAUUCCACAGCAGAACACAGCACCCCAUCUCCUAGUUCUGUGAUCUCUGCCUUCACCUCUUCUUCUAGGGAGGCAAUCACAACUUGGUUGGAAAUACAUAAUUUGUCUACUUCAUUUCCAAAUUGGAGCAGUAGUAUGCCUUCAAGCCAAGAGACUUCACAGGUCACCGAAUUCUCACAGACAAGCUCUGAUUCCUCUCUUAAAGCAAAAACAGUUAUGGAAGCCAGAAGUUCCAUACCCCAAUCCAAGUUCUCCAUUUCAGAGUCCAUGGCAACUGAAAGAAUCUCCACCAAAAGCCCUCUUUAUGUCUCAGCAUCAGAAGACAUCAUGCCUGGAAGCAGUCCCAGACAUAUUACCUUUCCUAGCACAAAAGAAGAGUUACCUGUCAUCUUUGAAGCAGGUAAUUCUGGGUCUUUAUUAUAUUAAACCCUGUCCAGGGACACUGCAACCUCUACUUCUAUGACACAAUUUUCUUCACUGGAGCCUCAAACAUCUCCAUAAUUAGCACUGAUAUCUGAACCUAGUGGUCCUGAGGAACAGUCACAUGAAAGUUCUUUACUCAAAGAAAAACACAGCUCUUCAGAUUCAACACCAACUAUGAUUGAGAAAAACAUACCUUCACCAGUCACUCCUACACCACAAGCACAAAAUGUCUCUUCCCUUGCUUUUGUGGCUGCACUUGUAACUGCUGUCAAAGACAAAAAUCUAGUUUCUGGGAGUACCCCAAUCCAAGGCCUAGAUAACACAGGGCUUUCAACUCUAAGUCCUUCAUACAACAUAAGAAACAUAAAAAAAGGUCACAUAUUCUCAAAAAGUCCAGAAAGCAGAGUAGAAACCAAUAGUCCCAGAGUGCAUCCCCAAGGUACUCUCCUAGAUAAUUCAGUCCUAUCAAGACUAACAACUGUAAUUAUGACCUCACAAAACAAUGGAUGGGAUGCACCAUUUUCCACACCAAUAUUCUUAUCUAAAACUGCACACAGAGAAACUCAGAAAGAUUUCCCCCUAACUUCAGUAAAACAAGAAUUCACCAUGCCUGAAAAUACUAACUUGAUGACAAAACCUAGUUCUGAUCUUUUCACAGUGCCUACUAGGAUUUCCACCGGUCUUUCAAGAACAGAAGCUAACUCAACUGAUAGACUAUCUGUUUCAAGUUCAACGCUCCUCACUAAGACAACAGACAUCUCCACAGGAAAUAGUUCUAGUAUCUAUACACUUUCCAUCCCAAAUAUUGACAUGAAAAAAGUAAUUAAUGCUACAGAAUCAUCCAAAAUCACCACUGUCUGGAACACCUCAGGUACUAUUGCUGAUACCCAGGCCCUUUCUACUGUAACUAAGACAGUUCUCCAAGUACACUCCAUGACUCUUCCCAACAGUUCUGAGUCACUGUCAUGGACAGACUUCCCAUCCCAUGAAGCACCCUCCUCUGUGAAUUCUGCAGAAAUAUAUCAGACAACAUCACAUUUCCCUGCUACUUCCACAUCAGAAGGACAAAGUCUCUCCUCUACUGCUUCGAUGGCCUCCACAUUCUCUUCUAAGGAAACAACUGCAAAGGACACAAACUUAGCUUCUCUUACAACUUUAUUUCCAAGCUGGAAAAGCAGUGAGUUAGCCAUUUCAAAGGAUACAAGAACCUCACAAACAUCUUACAUGUUCACCAGAAGUGAAGUAACUAGUGAGGAUAUAAGCACUUCUGGACCCCAGUUUCAAAACACUGUAUCAUUGGAUGCUGUUUCACAUGAUGGGACUGCCUCAUCUUUGUUGACAUCACCAACAAAGACUUCACUUUCUUCUGCUUAUUCUCUAUCACCACAGAGUUCAAACUCUAUUUCUUUACCUGAGAUGUCAUUUCUCACCUCUGAAUUCUCUAAGACAACAGACACAUUGGGUAGAAGCUUGGAUACUGGAACAAGUUUGCCUCCAAAUUUGAGCAGCACCUCACUUGAAAUAUUUGGCUUACCUGAAGUUAAUACUGAUACAGAAAAAUUUCAUUCUUCCUCAAAAUUUGAAGUAACAAGCAUGAAGACCAUCAGUACAGGACAUGAGCUAAGUUCCACUGUACCAACACCCCCUGAGUCAUCCAGGGAUACCUAUACAGUGGGUACUUCUUACAUUUUGGUGUCUUCUAUGUCCACAUCAUUGCCUGCCUAUUUAGAGACUACAAGGUCUGAUACUGAGCAAGUUUCCCAUUUGACUACUGGAUUGAGAGACAUUAGCAUAUCCCUACAAACAAACAUACCUUCAGCUCCUUUGUCCACUCCUGUGCCAAAGUCUGAGACUGCUGUCACUUCUGCUAUGAGCAUAUCAACUCCAUAUCAGACUCCAUCUUCAAAGUUUACUGAAAUUCCAUUAGAAACAGUCACCAUCGUACAUCCUUAUUUGUCUACUAUAGAAUCUACUGUGGCAACAUCCUUCUCAGAAUCCAAUUUUUCUAUGCCUUCAUCAGAAAGUACUCAUGUUCCUAGAACUAAUAUACUACCUACAGAUGAGACCACUCUUAUUGAAACAACAACCCUUUCUCCAACAGAAGAAAUGCCUCCAUUUGCCAUAACCAGCACUGCAAAAGGCAACUCAGCUAUGAAUUUGAGCAGUCCUCAUUCUGUAACACAGUCAAGCCAUGUUGAUGUUUUGGUUUCAACCACUACAGAAAAACUUCCUUCUUCAACUUCUACACCAGUGCUCUUUUCUGCAUCCACUAGCACUGACUUUACAUCCAUCCCAGCUCUCCAUGGGAUUCCUCUUUCAGAAACAGAAGAUGGCAUUCAGUCCCACACAGAGACACCUGAUGGAACUACCCGUGGAAACACAACAAGCCUAGGAAAGGCCCCUCUGGCUUCUAUAUCACUUGCUAGCCCUAAAGAGCCAUCCACAGAAGCAGCAGCAAAGGAGGAUACCACCACCACAGCUCUGAAGUUUACUCCCAGUGCCACUUCAACUACCAAAAUCUCUACUACAACUUCAAAACCCUUGAUUCACCUCAAGACAGCAGAGAAAACAGGCAACAUAAAUGCAACAGAGAUGAUUAUCACAGCCUCAGAUGCUUCCCACACUUUCCUAGGCAUAGCAGCAUUAUUUUCCACAGGCUCUGGAGAAAAUGCCAGCCUGGUCCUCAGUACAAGACCAUCUUUUUACAGUACAGAAUCAGAGAGCACAGCUUCAUGGAGCUCCAGUCUUAGGACAGAGACCAGCCCAGAUGUUUAUCCUUUACACAUCUCGUCUGGUGAGUCUGAAUCAGUCUCAUUGGUCACCCAUCCUUUAGAGAUUACUUCAGCUGUUGCCAAUAUAAACCAGAAUGGUUUUCAAGAUGAAUCGGAUUCCAUAGUGUCCACAGCCACCACUCCCAGAGAAGAAGCCAGUUCAGACAUUCCAGCAGCAGCAGUUUCUCCUCUUAUACCAAAUUUGGCUGCUAUUGAACAAGAAGCCAUAUCAUUUGCUCCAACUAUAUCUAUCUCAAAUAGUAUUCCAAAUAUGGUAACACUAGACGGUCACAGUUCUGAGGAAGAUGCAAGAACAUCUAAACCAAUUACCAAAAUUUCUCUGAUCUCUCAUGCUUGGGAAAAGACUAGUUCACCUAUAUUUACUACUACUGUCUCUCCAGGAGUAACAGAAAUAAGGAGACCACUGUUCACUAGCUCUGAGACAUGGAUAGAUAAAAGAAAUCAAACUAUUUCCCCAGGUCAACCAGAGACCACAACCUCAUGGACUAUGAAUCCUGGAAUAGAAGUGAUUUCAAGGGUGAAACCUACAACCAUCUCACCUAGUGUUUUAGACACAGUGACCUCGAAAUCUGUGAGCCAAACUCCUAAACUACAGAACACAAUUUCAUUAGUAACUGAUGUUGGGGAAGUAUACAGUUCAGCCAUGUCUACUCUGGCUGACUUUGCAGGUAAUACAGAAGUAACCACAUCAAUGAUCACUAACUUAGGUUCAGAAAACCAUGCAACAACUUCAACUCUACCCUUUUCUUCAGGCCCACCAGAGACAACAAUAUCCUGGAUGAACAAGCUUAAAAAAGAAGCCACUUCAGGGGUUAUAAUGACAAAUUCAAAACCUAGUGUUACAGACAUGAUGACCUCAACAAUCAUGAACCACACCCCUUCUGAAGCACAGAACACAACACCAUUGGCCACUCAUGCUGGGAAACAACACAGUUUGGACAUGAAUAGCAUGGUAGUCACUCAGGGUAUAACAGAAAUGACAUCACUUGUCAACAGCUCUGGCAAAGAAAGCCAUGCAGUACCUACAAAUAUGGCUUUAAUCCCUAUACAACCAGAGACCACAACAAAUGGGAUAACCCAUCCUACAAUAGAAGACAUUUCAGGGAUGUUAUCUACAAGCAUAUUACCUACUGUGCCAACUAUUAUUCCUUCUGAACCAGAUACUGAAGUUUCAUUGGUCACCAACAUUGGGAAACAGUCCAGUUCAUCCAGGUUUACAAGGCCUAUCUCUGCAAAUAUAACAAAAAUGAUACCAUCACUCCUUAAUACCUAUAACACAGAAAAGUAUUCAGUGUCUUCAACACUGGAUGUUUCACUAAGUCAACCAGAGAACACAGACCCAUGGCUCACUCAUUCUGGAAAAGAAGCCACACUAGGGGUCUUAACUACUACCAUUUCAGCUGGUAUCCCAGAAAUGAUCACUUCAACAAAUUUUAUUCCUUCUGAACCACAUACCACACGUUCAUUAGUCACCCACAUUUGGGAACAGCCCAGUUUAACCAUGUCUACAAGGUCAGUCCCUCCAGGUAUAACAGAAAUGAUACCAACACUUGUCACCAGUUCAGGCACAGAAAGCCAUUCCCUGACUUCAACACGAAUUGUUUCUCCAGAUAAACCUGGGACCAUAGGUUCAUGGGUCACCAAUCAUGAAAAAGAAGGCACAUCAGAGAAUCUAAGUACAACUAUAUCAACUGCUAUUCCAGAUAUAAUGACCUCAAUGACUCUGAACUACACUCCUUCAGAACCACAGACCAAAGCACCAUUGGUCACCUAUGCUGGAAGACAUCCUAUUUCAUCUAUGUCUACCCAAGCUGUCUCUUCAGAUAUAACAGAAAUAAUGCCAUCUCAAGCCACUAAUUCUAGCACAGUGACACAUGAAGAUAGCUCCACUCUACUUGUUUCCCCACUGCAAACAGAGUCUACAGCCUCAUGGACAACUCAUAUGGAAAGAGAAACCACUUCAGAUAUUCUAAAUACUACCAUUUCAGCAAGUGUUCUAGACCUUGUUACUUUCACAUCUCUUAUUCCAUCAGAAACACAUUCCACAGUUUCAUCUGUUACCCACAUUGAUGAACAGCCCAGCUCUGCCAUCUCUACUCUGGCUGUCUCUCCAGGUAUAACAAAAAUGAUACCAGCACUGCUCCCUAGCUCUGGUACAAAACACAUUUCAACAGCUACAAUUCUGGCAGUUUCCAUAGGUCAACCAGAGACCACAGAUUCAUGGGUCACCCAUCCUGUAAAAGCAGUCACUUCAGACAUUUUUUCUAAAACCAAGCAACCUGUUGCUCCAGAGAACAUAACUGAAACAAGUCUGCUGAGCAUUCCUUCUGAAACACAGACCAUAAUAGGAGUUUUUACCCAUGCUGAGGCACAACCCAGUUCAUCGCUGUCUACUCUGACUGUCUCUUCAGGAGUAACAGAAAUGAUGAAAUCCCAGGCCACCACUACUGGGACAAAGACACAUAAAACAAGCCCACCUGUAUUUGUUCCCCCAGGUCAAACAGAGACCUCAUGGACAACUCAUGCUGAAAGGGAAGAAAUUUCAGUUGUUCUAAAUACCACAAAUUCAACUAGUGUUUCUGACCUCCUUAAUGACACAACUCUUAUUUCUUCUGAACCACAUUCAACAGUUUCAUUUGCUAUUCACAAUGGUGAACAGUUCAAUCCAGUCAUGCCUACUCUGGAUUUCACUGCAGGUGUAACAGAAAUGACUCCAUCACUGGUUACUAAGUCUACUACACAAAACAAUUUACCAGUUACAACUCUGGAGGUUUCCACAGAACAAACAGAAAUCACAACUCUAUGGGUCACCCAUCUUGGAAAAGAAGGCUUUUCAGGGGAUUUAUCUACAACCAUAUCACCUAGUGUUUCAGACACAAUGAACGCAACAACCCUGAAGCACACUGCAUCUGAAACACAGUUUAUAACAUCAUUGGUCACCCCUGCUAGUGGACAUCCAAGUUCAUCCAUGUCUACUCAGUCUUCCUCUUCAGGUUUAACAGAAAUGACACCAUUACUAGUCACUAGCUUGGGUACAGGAAGCUAUGUGAUCACUUCAACUCUGGAUGAUUCUAUGGGUCAGACCACAUCUGCAUUGGUCACCCAUCCUGAAAGAGAAGCCACACCAGGUGUUCUAACAACCACCAUUUCAACUGGUGUCCCAGAAAUGAUGACAGCAAGAACGCUUAUUCCUUCUGACCCACAUAACACAAUUUCAUUGGUCACCCACAUUGAAGGACAGCCCAGUUCAACCUUGUUGACAAAGCCUGUGUCUCCAGGAUUAACAGAAAUUAUACAAUCACUGGUUACCAAGUCAAGCACAAAGAGCCAUCCUGUAACUUCAACUCUUUGUUGUUCCCCAGGUCAACCAGGGACCAUGGGGACAUUGGUCACUCGUCCAGGAAAAAAAGAUACUUCAGGGGAUUUAUCUACAACCAUCUCAACUAGUGUUCCAGAAAUGAUGACCUCAACAACUCAGGACCACUUUGAAAUACAGACCAUAGCAUCAUUGGUCACUCAUACUGGUGGAUAUCCCACUUCAUCCAUAGCUAUUCAGGGUGUCUCUUCAGGGGUAACAAAAAUGAUGCCAUCUCAGGCCCCUAGUUCUAGCACAGUGACACAUAAAACUAGCCCAGCUCUAUUUGUUUCCCAGAUUCAUAGUGAGUCCACAGCCUCAUGGACCACUCACAGGGAAAGAGAAGCCACAUCAGGUGUUCUAAAUACCACCAUUUCAGCCAGCGUUCCAGACUUAGUUACUUCCACAACUCUUAUUCCUUCUGAACCACAUUCCACAGUUUCAUUUGUUACCCACAUUGGUGAACAGCUCAGUUCAUCCAUGCCUACUCCAGUUGUCUCUCCAGGUAUAACAAAAAUUACACCAUCCCUGAUACCUAGCUCUGGAACAAAAAACAUUUCAACAGCUACAACUCUGGCAGUUUCCCAAUAUCAACUAGGCACCACAGGUUCAUGGGUCAGCCAUUCUGGAAAAGAAGGUUCUUCAGUUCUAUCUACAACCAUAUCACCUAGUGUUCCAGACAUGAUGACCUCAACAAGUCUGACCAGUACUCCUUCUGAAUCACAGACCAUAACAACAUUGGACACCCAUGCUGGUGGACAUCCCAGUUUAUCCAUGUCUACUCAGUAUGUCUCAUCAAGAGUAACAGAAAUGACACCAUCACUAGACACUGACUUGGGCAUAGGAAGUUAUGCAGUCACUUCAACUCUGGAUGUUUCCAUAGGUGAGCCUGAGACCACAGCCACAUUGGUCACCCAUCCUGAAAGAGAAGUCACAUCAGGGGUACCAACUAAUAUCAUUUCAACUGGUGUCCCAGAAGUGAUGACUAAAACAACUCUUAAUCCUUCCGAAUCACAUAAUACACUUCCAUUGCUCACCCACAUCGAGGGAGAGCCCAGUUCAACCUUGUCUACAAAGCCUAUGUCUCCAGGUAUGACAGAAAUAGUACAAUCCCUGGUCACUAGCUCAAGCACAGAAAGUCAUUCCAUGACUUCAACUGUGGAUGUUUACUCAAAUCAACCAGGGAUCACAGCUCCAUGGGUCAACCAUCUUGGAAAAGAAGGUACUUCAGGGAUACUGUCUACUACCAUCUCACCUAGUAUAUCAGAAAUGAUGACAUCACCAUCAGAUAGUCUUUUUUCUGGUGAACCACACACCACAGUGUCAUUGGUCACUCAUAUUGAGGGGCAGCCCAGUUCAGGAAUGUCUACAAAGCCUGUCUCUCUGGGUUUAACAGAAAUUAUAUCAUCUCUUGUCACUAGUGCAAGCACAGAAAGCCAUUCAGUGACUUCAACUGUGGCUGUUUCCCCAGAUCAACCUGGGACCACAGGUUCAUGGGCCACUCAUCCUGGAAAAGAAAGUACUUCAGAGAUUCUAAAUGCAACUAUCUCACCUGCUAUUCCAGACAUAAGGACCUCAACAACUCUGAACCAUACUCCUUCUGAAGAAAAGACAAUAACAUCAUUAGUCACCUAUGAUAGUGGUCAUCACACUCUAUCUACAUCUACUCAUGGUUUCUCUUCAGGCAUAACAGAAAUGACAACAACUCAGGUCACUAGUUCUAGCACAGUGACAUAUGAAACUAGCCCUGCUCUAUUUGUUUCCCCACUGCAAACAGAGUCUAUAGCCUUAAGGACAACUCACGCGGAAAGAGAAACCACUUCAGGUGUUCUAAAUACCACCAUUUCAGCCAAUGUUCCAGACCGUGUUACUUCCACAACUCUUAUUCCUUCUGAACCACAUUCCACAGUUUCAUUUUUUACCCACAUCAGUGAACAGCCCAACUCUACCAUCCCUACUCUGGCUGUCUCUUCAGGUAUAACAAGAAUGACACCAUCACUGGUCCCUAGCUCUGGUACAAAAACCAUUUCAACAGCUACAACCUUGGCAGUUUCUACAGAUCAACCAGAAGCCACAGGUUCAUGGGUCACCCAUUCUGUAAAGGCAGUCACUUCAGACAUAUUAACUACAGCCAUGCCACUUAGUUCUGCAGAAAACACAACUGCAAUGUAUCUUACCAGUGCUCCUUCUGAAACACAGACCAUAACAGCAUUGGUUACCCAUCACAGUGGAUAUUCCAGUUCAUCCAUGUCUAUUCAGGCUGUCUCCUCAGGAGUAACAGAAAUGAAAACAUUACAAGACACUACUACUGGAACAGCAGCACAUGAAUCCAGUCCAGCUCUAUUUGUUUCCCCAGGUCAAACAGAGUCUACUGCCUCAGUGACAACUCAUGCUGAAAAGGAAGAAACUGCAGUUGUCUUAAAUACAACCAUUUCAGCUAGUGUUCCAAACCUCUUUAAUGACACAACUCUUAUUUCUUCUAAACCACAUUCCACCAUUUCUUUUGCCACACAAAUUGGUGAACAGUUCAAUUCAGUUGUGCCUACUCUGGCAGUCUCUCAAAGCUUAACAGAAAUGAUGUUGUCACCGGGCACUAGCUAUGCUGAAGAGAAUAAUUCAACUCUGGCAGUUUCCACAGAUCAUCCAGGGACCACAACCCCAUUGGUUACCUAUCCUGGAAAAGAAAACUCUUCAGGGGAUCUAUCUGCAACCAUCUCACCUAGUGUUCCAGACAUGAUAACCUCAACAACUCUGAACCAUACUCCUUCUGAACCACAGGUCACAGCAUCAUUGGUGACUCCUGCUAAUGGACAUCCCAGUUUAUCCAUGUCUACUCUGUCUGUCUCUUCAGGUGAGACAGAAAGAGUACCAUCACUGGUCACUAGCUUGGGCACAGGAAGCUAUGGAAUUACUUCAACUCUAGAUAUUUCCAUAGGUCAGCCUGAGACUACAGCCACAUUGGUCACCCAUCAUGAAAGAGAAGCCAUAUCUGGGGUACCAACUACUAUCAUUUCAACUGGUGUCCCAGAAAUGAUGACAGCAACAAUUCUUACUCCUUCUGAACCACAGACCAGAAUUUCAUUUGUCACCUCUGCUGAGGGUGAGACCAGUUUAAACCUAUCUACCAUGGUUGUCUCUCCAAAUAUAACAGAAAUCAUGACAUCACAGGCCACUGCUUCUGGGACAGAGACACAUAAAAUUCCUCCAGUUCUAUUUGUUUCCCCAGGUCCAAAGGAGACCACAGCUUCAUGGGUGACUCAUAUUGAAAGAGAAGCCACCUUAGGUUCUCAAACUACCACUAUUUCAACUAAUGUUCCAGAUGAGAUUACUUCACUAACUCUUAUUCCUUCUGAAGCACAUACUGCAGUUUCAUUGGUCACUGACAUUGGGGAACAGCCCACUCCAGCCACAUUUACAAUGCCUGUCUCUCCAGGUAUAACAGAAAUGAUACCAUCACUGGUCACUAGUUCUGGCUCAGAAAGUCAUCCAGUGACUUCAACUCUGGCCAUUUCCCUAGGACCAACAGCCCCAUUGGUCACCUAUCCUGGAAAAGAAGGCACUUCAAUGGCUGUAACUACAACCAUCUCACCUAGUACAGAUACAAUGACCUCAAUAAGUCUGAACCACACUCCUUCUAAACCACAGAUCAUAACAUCGAUCACCCAUGCUGGUGGACAUCCAAGUUCAUCCAUGUCUACUAAAGCUGUCUCUCCAGGUAUAACAGAAAUGAAACCAUCAGUAUAUACUGGUUUUGGCACAGAAAGUUAUGCAAAGACUACAAUUCUGGCUGUUUCCUCAGGGUUAUCUGAGAUCACAGUUCCAUGGGCCACCAAUCCUGGAAGAGAAGGUACUUUAGGGGUUUUAUCUACAACCAUCUCCCCUAGUGUGCCAGAAAUAAUGUCUGCACCAACUCUUAUUCCUUCUGAAGCACAUACUGCCAUUUCAUUGGUCACUGACAUUGGGGAGCAACCCAGUUCAGCCAUGUCUACAAGCCCUGCUUCUCUAGGUAUAACAGAAAUGAUACCAUCACUGGUUACUAGUUCUGGCUCAGAAAGUCAUGUAGUAACUUCAACUAUGGCCAUUUCCCCAGGUCAAACAGAGACCACAGCCCUAUGGUCCAGCCGUCCUAGACAAGAAGACACUUCUGGAGUUGUAACUCUAGCCAUCUCACCUAGUGCUUCUGGUCUGAUGACCUCAACAUCUCUGAACCACAUUACUUCUGAACCACAGACCACAACAUUGUUCAUCAAUGCCGGGGGACAGCCUACUUUAUCUACAUCUUCCCUGGCUAUCUCUUCCCAUGUAACAGAAACAAUACCAGUCACUAGCUCUGGUGUGACAGAAAAGAUGACUUCACCAAAUCUUAUUUCUUCUGAAGCACAUACCACAAUUUCUAUGGUCACCCACACUGCAGAGCAGCUUAGUUCAACCAUGUCUACAAGGCCUGUCUCUUCCCAUGUAACAGAAACAAGACCAUCACUAGCCACUAGAUCUCACAAAGAAAGUGAUUUAGUAUCUUCCACUCUGGCUGCUUCUACAAGUCAGCAAGAGACCACAGCCUCAUGGGUCACUCUUCCUGUAACAGAAGCCACUUCAAGUAUUCCAAGGACACCCAUCUCUCCUAGUGUUCCAGACAUAAUGGCCUCACCCACUCUUUUUCCUUCUGAACCAUAUACCACAAUGACUUUAGAAUCCCACAUUGGGGGAGAGUCCAGUUCAGGCAUGUCUACAAGGCCUGUCCCUCCAAGUAUGACUGAAAUGAUGACAUCACUGGUCACUACUUCUGAGACAGAGACACAUUCAUCUACUCUAACUCUAUCUGUUUCAACUCAAACAGAGGCCACAGCCUCUUGGGUCAGCCAUCCUGGAAAGGAAGCAACAUCAACAAUUUCUACUCUGUCUACUUUACUUGGUGAGCCAAAAAGAACUGAAACAUGGCUCACUCUUUCUGCCAAACCCAACACACCACUUUCCACAACAACUCCUACAUUUUCAUAUAGUGAAUCAGACAUCACUCCUUCAGCUUCUAAGACAGAGGCCACUCCAGCCAUUCCAAAAACUCUUUCAUCUGGUGUACAAUAUAUGACCACUCCUCUGGUUCCUGGUUCUACAACAGACAAUAGUAUGAUUUUUCUUCCAUUGAGUACACUGAUGCGUGAACCAACAUCAGCAGUCUCCUCGAUCACUCAAUCUACCUUAACCCAACAAACUUCCAGUUUUUCUGAUAGUGGUUUAGAUAUAACAACCUCAAUAGUCAAUUAUCCUGGAAUAGAGACCAAUUCAUCUGUGCCAACAAUGACUGUCUCUUCUGGAGCACCAGGUGUAAUGAUCUCACAAUUUACUAGCUCUGGGCCAUCAAAGAGUGCAUUUCCAGCUACAGUUCUGUCUCCUAGUAAACCAAAAAGCACAGCCUCAUUAACCACCCUCCUCAGUCCAGAGACUAACAGAACAUUACCUGUUUCAACUGGUUUUCCUUCAACUGUCUUGGAGACCACAUCCUCUGAACCAAUUACACCCAGAGUAGACAGUAAUGCAACUCUCUUAACACAGACCAUCUCUUCUGGUGGACCAGAAAUGACAAAAUUCCUCUUGAACUCAUUUGUGACUGAGGACAGCAGAAAUGACCUGGGUACAACAUUUUCAUCUAGUGUUUCUGAAAAAACAGCAUCUCUCUCCAUCCACUCUGGAACUGACACCAACACAACCAUUCUAACUGUAACCCCUUCCCUUGUUUUAGCAAGAACCACAGGCUUCUGGACUUCCAUCCCUUCAACAGAAUCUACUCUGACUAUACCCCAUAGUGUCUCUGGGUUUCCUGGUGCUCCUACAACUAGUAAAUUUAGCAGUGCAAUUUUACAGAGCACAGAAAGUUCAGCAUCUGUCACUACAGUUAGACUUCCCAAUUUUGUCAGUGAUGUCACAAGCCCUGUAAUGACCUUGAUAUCAUCAGAGUCCUCAACAAUCUCACUUACUGACCUGGAAACUACAAGUGAGACUUCUCAUUUAGCUACCACAAGUUCAAGACCCACUGAGGCUAAGACCACAACUACACUACAUGGAAGUCCUUUUGCCCCUAUGGCUACCUCCCGAUUGUCCACAUGGUCUUCUGAGAAUGUGACUUCAAGACCAAUGCCAGUCUCACCUCUGGUGCACUUCACAGUCAACUUCACCAUCACUAACCUCAAGUACGAAGAGGGCAUGCAUCGCCCUGGAUCUUGGAAGUUUAAUGCCACUGAGAGAAUCCUACAAAGAUUGCUCUGGCCUUUGUUCAAUAAAACAAAAAUCAGCCUCCUGUAUUCUGGCUGCAGACUGAUCUCACUCAGGCCUGAGAAAGAUGAAGCAGCCACAGGAGUAGAUGCCAUCUGUAGUCACCAUCCAGACCCCACUGGAUCUGAGCUGGACAAUGAGCAGGUGUACUGGGAAUUGCGCAAGCUCACCAAUGAUGUCACCCAGCUGGGCCCUUACACCUUAGACCAGAACAGUCUUUACAUCAAUGCUUCUGUGGUGACCACCAUUUCUAGCAGGAUGACAACUCCUGUCUCCAGUCCCACAGCAGCAAGCCCUGUCCUGGUGCAUUUUACUAUCAACUUCACCAUCACUAACUUAGCAUUUGAAGAGGACAUGAGUCGUCCUGGGUCGACAAAGUUCAAUAUCACUGAGAGUAUCCUGCAGAACCUGGUGAGAAUCCUGCUUACUGUACCUGGCCCUGCAAACAGAUCUGAAAAUGAUGGUGCAGGCACAGGAGUGGAUGCUGUCUGCACUCACCACCCUGACCCCACUGGCCUGGGACUGGACAGAAAGAUGGUUUAUUCGGAGCUCAGAAGGCUGACCUAUGAUGUCACCAGGCUGGGCCCUUACACUCUGGACCAGAACAGUCUCUAUGUUGCUGGUUACACACAUCAAGUUCUGGGGACCACCACCAAGCUGGCAGCCUCCAUUCCAGUGACUUUUACCAUCAACUUCACUGUCAUUAAUCUGGAGUAUGUGGAAGAGAUGGGUCACCCAGGAUCCAGGAAGUUCAAUGCCACUGAGAGAAUCCUGAAGAGACUGCUCAGGACAUUGUUCAGUAAAACCAGCCUUGGCCCCCAGUACGAAGGAUGCAGACUGACAUUGCUCAGGCCUGAGGACAGUGGAGCAGCCACAGGAGUAGAUGCCAUCUGUAUCUACCACCCCAACACUUCUAAUCAAGAACUGGACAGAGAGCAUGUGUACUGGGAGCUGAAAAGACUGAACGAUGGAAGCAUGCAGCUAGGGCCCUACACCCUGGACCACAACAGUCUCUAUGUCAAUGGUUACACACAGCAGAUUCUGGCCACCACCCACAGGACAUCAGUGGUGGCUAAUGUUUCUGAAGGAAUGCCAAACACUUCCUCCAUUCCUACAGCUGCCCCUGUCCUGUUACCUUUCAUUAUCAACUUCACCAUCAUUAACCUGGAGUUUGAAGAGGACAUGGGUCAUCCUGGAUCCAGGAAGUUCAACAUCACUGAGAGAACCCUGCAGAGGCUGCUUAGGUUCUUGUUCAAUAAAACCAGUAUUGGGCCAUUGUAUGCUGGCUGCAGACUGAUCUUGCUCAGGCGUGAGAAAGAUGGAGCAGCCACCGGGGUAGAUGCCACCUGUACCUAUCAUCUAGACCCUACUGGCCAUAGGCUAGAAAAUGAGCAACUAUAUGGGGAGCUGAGCAGUCUGACUCAGGGUGUUACCCAGCUGGGCCCCUACUUCCUGGACCAGAACAGUCUCUAUGUCAAUGGUUACACACACCAGAUCCUGGCUACAACACCCAGAAUGUCUAUGGCAAACAUUGUUUCUUCAAUUAUGCCAGCUCCCACCUCCAAUCUCACAGGUAAAAUUCUCUCUGAAAAUGCUUCAGGAGAUUUCAAUAACAGAAGGCAGGAGAAAGGGUGGAGAACCAUGUCCAAAGGGAUCCUAAGGUUAACAAAUGAUGUUCAGAGACAGAAAAUAAGACAAAGUUCAGAUAAUGUGUUUCUCACAUCCUGUCCCUCUCCUGUAGUGGCAGCCCCCAUUCCAGUGACUUUUACCAUCAACUUCACUGUCAUUAAUCUGGAGUAUGUGGAGGAGAUGGGUCACCCAGGAUCCAGGAAGUUCAAUGCCACUGAGAGAAUCCUGCAGAGACUGCUCAGGACAUUGUUCAGUAAAACCAGCCUUGGCCCCCAGUACGAAGGAUGCAGACUGACAUUGCUCAGGCCUGAGGACAGUGGAGCAGCCACAGGAGUAGAUGCCAUCUGUAUCUACCACCCCAACACUUCUAAUCAAGAACUGGACAGAGAGCAUGUGUACUGGGAGCUGAAAAGACUGAACGAUGGCAGCAUGCAGCUAGGGCCCUACACCCUGGACCACAACAGUCUCUAUGUCAAUGGUUACACACAGCAGAUUCUGGCCACCACCCACAGGACUGCCCCUGUCCUGUUACCUUUCAUUAUCAACUUCACCAUCAUUAACCUGGAGUUUGAAGAGGACAUGGGUCAUCCUGGAUCCAGGAAGUUCAACAUCACUGAGAGAACCCUGCAGAGGCUGCUUAGGUUCUUGUUCAAUAAAACCAGUAUUGGGCCAUUGUAUGCUGGCUGCAGACUGAUCUUGCUCAGGCGUGAGAAAGAUGGAGCAGCCACCGGGGUAGAUGCCACCUGUACCUAUCAUCUAGACCCUACUGGCCAUAGGCUAGAAAAUGAGCAACUAUAUGGGGAGCUGAGCAGUCUGACUCAGGGUGUUACCCAGCUGGGCCCCUACUUCCUGGACCAGAACAGUCUCUAUGUCAAUGGUUACACACACCAGAUCCUGGCUACAACACCCAGAAUGUCUAUGGCAAACAUUGUUUCUUCAAUUAUGCCAGCUCCCACCUCCAAUCUCACAGGUAAAAUUCUCUCUGAAAAUGCUUCAGGAGAUUUCAAUAACAGAAGGCAGGAGAAAGGGUGGAGAACCAUGUCCAAAGGGAUCCUAAGGUUAACAAAUGAUGUUCAGAGACAGAAAAUAAGACAAAGUUCAGAUAAUGUGUUUCUCACAUCCUGUCCCUCUCCUGUAGUGGCAGCCCCCAUUCCAGUGACUUUUACCAUCAACUUCACUGUCAUUAAUCUGGAGUAUGUGGAGGAGAUGGAUCACCCAGGAUCCAGGAAGUUCAAUGCCACUGUGAGAAUCCUUCAGAGACUGCUCAGGUCAUUGUUCAGUAAAACCAGCCUUGGCCCCCAGUACGAAGGAUGCAGACUGACAUUGCUCAGGCCUGAGGACAGUGGAGCAGCCACAGGAGUAGAUGCCAUCUGUAUCUACCACCCCAACACUUCUAAUCAAGAACUGGACAGAGAGCAUGUGUACUGGGAGCUGAAAAGACUGAACGAUGGCAGCAUGCAGCUAGGGCCCUACACCCUGGACCACAACAGUCUCUAUGUCAAUGGUUACACACAGCAGAUUCUGGCCACCACCCACAGGACAUCAGUGGUGGCUAAUGUUUCUGAAGGAAUGCCAAACACUUCCUCCAUUCCUACAGCUGCCCCUGUCCUGUUACCUUUCAUUAUCAACUUCACCAUCAUUAACCUGGAGUUUGAAGAGGACAUGGGUCAUCCUGGAUCCAGGAAGUUCAACAUCACUGAGAGAACCCUGCAGAGGCUGCUUAGGUUCUUGUUCAAUAAAACCAGUAUUGGGCCAUUGUAUGCUGGCUGCAGACUGAUCUUGCUCAGGCGUGAGAAAGAUGGAGCAGCCACCGGGGUAGAUGCCAUCUGUACCUAUCAUCUAGUCCCUACUGGCCAUAGGCUUGAAAAUGAGCAACUAUAUGGGGAGCUGAGCAGUCUGACUCAGGGUGUUACCCAGCUGGGCCCCUACUUCCUGGACCAGAACAGUCUCUAUGUCAAUGGUUACACACACCAGAUCCUGGCUACAACACCCAGAAUGGCAGCCCCCAUUCCAGUGACUUUUACCAUCAACUUCACUGUCAUUAAUCUGGAGUAUGUGGAGGAGAUGGGUCACCCAGGAUCCAGGAAGUUCAAUGCCACUGAGAGAAUCCUGCAGAGACUGCUCAGGUCAUUGUUCAGUAAAACCAGCCUUGGCCCCCAGUACGAAGGAUGCAGACUGACAUUGCUCAGGCCUGAGGACAGUGGAGCAGCCACAGGAGUAGAUGCCAUCUGUAUCUACCACCCCAACACUUCUAAUCAAGAACUGGACAGAGAGCAUGUGUACUGGGAGCUGAAAAGACUGAACGAUGGCAGCAUGCAGCUAGGGCCCUACACCCUGGACCACAACAGUCUCUAUGUCAAUGCGUCAGUGGUGGCUACUGUUUCUGAAGGCAUGCCAAAAACUUCCUCCAUUCCUACAGCCUCAAGCUCUGCUCUGCUGCUGCUCACUCUUAACUUCACUAUCACCAACCUACCCUACACGAAGGACAUGUGGGACCCAGGAUACGCCAAGUUCAACAAAGUAGAGAAAGUCCUGCAGCUCCUGCUCAAACCUUUGCUUCAAAAUACCAGUGUUGGCCUACUCUAUUCUGGUUGCAGAUUGACCUCACUCAGUCCCAGGAGGAAUGGAGAAGCCACUGGAGUGGAUAUAGUUUGCACCUAUCACCCUGACCACAUAGGUCAUGACCUGGCCAGAGAGCAACUGUACUUGGAGCUGAGCAAGCUGACCUAUGGUGUCACUCAGCUGGGCCCCUACACUUUGGAUCAGGACAGCCUCUAUGUUAAUGGCAAUGAUACCAUUAUAGUACCCAUCACACUCAACUUCACCAUCACCAACUUGCACUAUACAGAGGAGAUGGGACAUCCAGGUUCUUUGAAGUUUAACUCCACUAAGUGGAUCUUACAUUAUUGGUUUGACACCUUACUCAAUAAGACCAGCAUUGCCCCACAGUACUCUGGAUGUAGAUUGGCUUCACUCAGGUCUGACAACCAUAGAGCAGCCACAGGGGUGGACAUCAUCUGCACUUUUCACUCUGAUCCCAUGAGUCCAGUGUUAGACCAAGAUCAGUUAUUUUGGGAGUUGAGCCAUGAGACCCAUGGCAUCACCCGUCUGGGCCCCUACACCCUGGACCAGAACAGUCUCUACAUUAAUGGUGACCAUUUUGGAGGUGCAGCCCCAACUACCACCACUGGGGAAGUUAAUGAAGAGAUGUUCACAGUGAACUUCACCAUCAACAACCUGCGUUACUCAGCUGACAUGGGCCAAGUUGGCUCCCCCAAGUUCAAUAUCACAGAUACACUCAUGCAGCACCUGCUCCGCCCUUUGUUUCAGAGAAGCAGCCUUGGCCCCCUAUACACAGGCUGUAGAGUAGCCACUCUAAGGUCAGUGAAGAAUGGUGCCCAGACCCAGGUAGAUGUCCUCUGUACAUACCACCAGGUUCCCAAUAGUCUGGGACUUCCUGCCAAGUCAAUUUUCUAUGAUCUAAGUUGGCAAACCCAUGGAAUCACCCAACUGGGUCCUUACUCUCUGGAUAAAGACAGCCUUUACAUCAAUGGUUACAAUGAACCUGGUCCGGAUGUACCUCCUACAACUCCAGAGCCAGCCACCACCAUCUUACCCUCCCCACCAGUUUCUCUACAGCCAGAGUCCAGUACAGCUAUGUGGCACCACCUGGAAACCUUCACAAUCAACUUCACUAUCUCCAACCUUCAAUACUCAGCAGAUAUGAUCAGUGGCUCAGCCAUGUUCAACUCCAUUGAGAAUGUCCUGCAACACCUGCUUGGAGCCUUGUUUCAGAAUAGCUCCCUUAACUCAAGUUGCAGACUGGUCUCCCUCAGACCUGAGAAGAAUGGAACAUUCACAGGUGUGGUGACCACCUGCACAUAUCAGAAUGACACUGCACAUCCUGGAAUGGACACAUGGGGUCUGUACUCAGAACUGAGCCUUCUGAGCCAUGGAGUCACCCAACUGGGAAACUACACACUGGAGAAUCAUAGCCUCUAUGUAAAUGGUUACAAUGGACUUGGUUCAGACAUACUUACUACAACUCCUGAGCCAAGCACCACCAUCCUGCCGUUUACAUUGACAUCUAUGCAGCCAGAAUCCGCCACAGCUGUAGAGCAUCACCUAAAGACUUUCACAAUCAGUUUCACCAUCUCUAAUCUUCCAUAUUCAGAAGACAUGAGCUAUAGCUCAGUCAUGUUCAACUCCACUGAGAGUGUUCUACAGAACUUGCUUAUACCCUUGCUCCAGAAUAUCUCAUUCAACCCAAGAUGCAGACUGAUCUCCAUCAGGCCUGAAAAGAAUCAAACCUCCAGUAAUGUAAAUGUCAUUUGCUCCUACCAACAUGACUCUACACAUCCUGGACUGUACACAGAGGAGCUAUAUUUAGAAUUGAGUAAUCUGACCUACGGAGUUACUCAACUGGGCAACUAUACAUUGGACAAAGAUAGUCUCUAUGUGAAUGGUUACAGUGGAACUGGCACAGAAGAACCAAUCACAAAUCCUGAAUCAGCCACUACGAUUACUACCAUGCUGCCUUCUCCAUCAACACUCGUGCAAACAGAAUCCACCACAGCUUUGGGGCACCACUUGAAGAUUAUUACAGUCAGCUUUACCAUUUCCAACCUUCCAUAUUCAGCAAAUAUGAACAAUGGCUCAGCUGUGUUCAACUCCACUGAGACACUCAUAAAGAACCUGAUGGAACCCUUGCUCCAUAAUGCUUCUUUCAACUCAAGCUGCAGACUGGAUUCCCUCAGGCCUGAUAAGAAUGGAACUGCCACUGGUGUAGAGGCCAUCUGCACUUACUUACAUGACCCAGCAAAUCCUGGGUUGGACACCCAGGAACUGUACUCAGACCUAAGCAAACUGACUCAUGGAAUAACCCAACUGGGCAACUAUACACUGGACAAAGAAAGUCUACAUGUGAAUUGCUAUAAUAAACCUGGUCAAGAAGAACCUUCUACAACCCCUGAGCCAGCCACCACUAUGCUACCUUCUCCAUCUACUUCUCUGCAGCCCGAAUCUACAACAGCUAUGGGGUACCAUCAGCAGAUCCUCACAAUCAACUUCACCAUAACCAACCUUCCAUAUUCAUCAAAUAUGAGCAAUGCCUCAGCUGUGUUCAGCUCAACUGAGAGUGUCCUCCAGCACCUGCUUGAACACCUGUUCCAGAAUGGCUCCUUCAACUCUAGUUGCAGACUGGAUUCCCUCAGGCCUAAGAAGAAUGGAACAGCCACUGGUGUGGAUGCCAUCUGUGCCUUCUACCAUGACCCUGCACAUCCUUGGAUGGACAUCCAGGAGCUGUAUUCACAGCUGAAAAAUCUAACCCAGGGAAUCACCCAGCUGGGCAACUACUCACUGGACAAGGAUAGUUUAUUUGUCAAUGGUUACAAUGACCAUGGUGCAGAAGGGCUUCCUACAACUCCUGAGUCACCCACCACCAUCCUGGCUUCUCCAUCAACAUCUAUGCAGCCAGAACCCACAACAGCCAUGGAGCAUUUGAAGACUUUCACACUCAACUUUACCAUCUCCAACCUCCCAUACUCAGCAGACAUGAGCUCAGCCAUGUUCAACUCCACUGAGAGGAUCCUGCAGCACCUGCUUGGACCAUUUUUCCAGAAUGAAUCCCUCUACUCAGAUUGCAAACUGGUUUCCCUCAGGUCUAAGAAAAAUGGAACAGCAACGGGGGUGAAUGCCAUCUGCUCCUACCAUCAUAACCCAGCAUAUCCUGAGCUUGACAUUCAGGAGCUGUACACAAAGCUGAGCCAGCUGAUUCAUGGAGUUACACAUCUUGGCAGCUAUAUGCUGGACCAGAAUAGUCUCUAUGUCAAUGGUUAUACUCACAAGAUUGCAGGAACUAGCCCUAGUGACAUGAAGCCACCAAUUCUUCUGCCAACAGAAAUCCCAACAAGUUCCAAUUCUCAGCAUUUCAACCUCAACUUCACCAUCACCAACCUACCCUAUUCCCAAGACAUAGCACAGCCAGGCACCACCAAACACCAGCAAAACAAAAGAAGUAUUGAAUAUGCGCUCAAUCAGCUUUUCAGAAACAGCAGCAUCAAGAGUUACUUUUCAGACUGUCAAGUUUUAGCCUUCAGGUCUGUCUCCAACAGCAACCACACAGGAGUAGAUUCUGUGUGUAACUUCUCACCAUUGGCUCGACAAGUGGAUCGAGUUUCUAUCUACAAGGAAUUCCUUCGGAUGACACAAAAUGGUACCCAGUUGCUAAACUUCACAUUGGACCGGAAGAGUGUUCUUGUGGAUGGGUAUUGUUCAAGCAGGGAUGAUGAUGUGAUAAAGAAUUCUGGUCUUCCCUUCUGGGCUAUCAUUCUCAUCUGCUUGGCAGUACUACUGAUACUCAUCACAUGCCUGAUGUGCUGUUUCCUGGUGACUAUCUGCAGAAGAAAAAAGGAGGGAGACUACCAGGUUCAACGUCAUCGCCUAGGUUACUACCUGCCUCACCUAGACCUGAGGAAGCUCCCAUGACUCCACCUACCAGGGGUACUUUCUCCCUAGCAGGGUCCAAAGAAUAAACCACAUU